AUGCCUUUUCUCGGAACGCGAAAAAAAUGUAAUGUCGGUGACGAAGAGCUACUUUUACCCUACAAUGAAGAUUUGACCUCUCUUGGGCGGAAUGUUCAUCAAAAGAUGCAGGUGUACCAGAUUCUCAGAGCACUCAACAAAGGAUUCAUGCCGUCAACUGAGCAAUUAAUCGUCAUGAUAAAGCUACUCCUUGACUCGGAAUUUUUAAGUCAAGAAACUACUAGUAUAAGCGAAAGUGGCCAAAAAUUGUUAAGUUACUUAAGACAAUGGAUGCAGCAAUUAAUACAGCUAUUGGGGGAUAAAAAUAAUAAUAAUCAGAUUCAAAAUCUAAUUGCUUAUGCGAAGCAUGCGAGGCUCUCAAUAGACAGUGAACAUCUAAAUGAGUUUGCUAAGAACUCAAGAAUGCGUGGCGAUAUCUUAGCAGCAUACGAAAGUAUAAAAACAGCUAGUAGCCUUCUGUUGACUAAUUCGGAUUUCAGAAUUUUCUUGUCAGACCUCAACAAUAUAAGUCGUCAAAUACUUUCAGAUACUGCUAAUACCAUCUCAUUUAUUUCAGAUGAAGCUUCAAAAGAGAUAGACCCUCUCUCAGGAGAAGGACAGAUUUCAAGGCCUCUUGAUAGUGAUGACGAUGUCGCACCUACAAUGAAGGACUUAAACAACGAAAUACGCAUCAUUAGCACCGUGACAGUUGAUGGGCUUAAAAAAUCUGUUCAGGGAGCCAAAUCAAGUGUUAACAAGCAUAUCUCGCAAGAUAACAAACAAAUAUUAAUUAAACGUUUAAAAGCUGUUGCCAAUCGGCUUAGAAAAAGAAGAGAUUAUUCUGAUUCAGUUAAUGCACUAAGUUAUCUUGUUCAGAGAUAUGUAAAAAUAUACUCUCAGUCUCUAGACGAAACUUUCGGAGAAUUUCAAAAUGACAUUGAGGCUAACGAUGCGCUUCAAAAUACACUCAAGGAACUAUGGUCUCUCCUAACUUUAUUUGGCGAUAAAAAAGCUUGGGAUAUCCUCGAGAGCGACAUCAAGAAGGUUAUGGGGCAUUCACAGAAAGAUCCAAAUUUUGAAAACCUUUGUAUCGAAAUUUCAAGAUUAGCCGAAGAUAUAUUCACGAACCCAGAGUUCUUUGAGUCGAUUGACAAAAAACUUGCAGAGCUUAAGACAAGAUAUCAAGAAGGUGGCUCUGAUUCACACCUCUUCGAAGACCUCAAUACCCUCACAUCCCAGAUACAAAGAGUUUUCGACUCGGUUAUGAACGACGAAGAUGUCUCAAAAUUAUGGCAUACUACUAAUUCAAUUUUUUCGACUUUCUGUCAACCUGGGAACUUGAGUUCCAAAUUACCUAUGGACAUUUAUUCUAUAAUUCUUCCACUUUUAAUACAGAUCAUUCAAUACAUCCCAGUACCACGCCUGGAGAUAUCUGUUCAAGAAAUUGACCUCCUCCUGGAAAAUAUCGUUUUCGAGCCAGGAAAUACAAUAAACCAUUCCUCAUUCUUUCCAUUCCGACUAAAGAUUCAAUCGCUCAACGAGCUAACUUUACACAAAGCCCGUUUUCGUUUAUUUUCUACAGCCACAUCUCUCAUGUCAAUUAAGCUACAAGGCCUUUCGCUCUGUACUGAAGAAGUUGGCUUUUGGUUUCAUUUACAUCGUGGUCUGUUUUGGUUUUCUGACGAAGGCAUCGCUUCUUUUGCAUUAGAUGGUAGAGGUAUAGAUAUUGAACUUGAUAUUGAAAUAGGCAAAGAGCGUCUAGAAAAUAUACUAACGUUGAGGGAUGUCCGCGUCAAAGUCCACAAUCUAUCUUACAAGAUCCAAAAAUCUAGGCUUAUGUGGCUUGCAUGGCUUCUCAAGCCAUUACUUCGUCCACUCUUUCGUAGAGCUCUUGAACAAAAGGUUUCUAGCGCAAUAAAAAUGUUUUUCCACUCAUGCAACAGGGAGCUAUUAUUUGCAAGAGAGCGAUGGAGAGCAACACGAAUCUCGAACCCACAAGACCUGCGAACAUUUUUGAGGGCUAUUCUAACUCGUCUUAAACCAAGAGAUGACCCAGAUGCAUACACAAAUUUUGGCAUCAGAGGCGCAGCCGGUAUGAAAGGUAAUCCCUUUUAUGGCAAGUACGCACCCGGAAGCAUAGUUAAGCUUUGGGAUGAGGAGGUGACUCGAGCUGAUGAGGUUGUUCAUGAAAAUGCGGCUACAAGAGACUGGAGAAACAAUAUUUUUGAUAUUAAAGUUUAG